AUGCAAGAAAUCGAAACAACCUCAAUGGAAACUCGACAACUUCAUUCAAGUCAACAAGAAGCGAUGAAGAAAAUAGCUGAAUUUUCAGGAGAAGCUAAUGAAAUCGAUAUUGAUGAAUGGUUAUUCGAUUUAAAUAAUUUAUUUUCAUUAAUGAAAUUAAAAGAUGAAACAAGAAUUCUUGACACGAUGGGCAAAUUAACAGGACCAGCAUUACGAUGGUAUCAAGAAAAUUUAAGAUCAUUCAUUACUUGGAAUGAUGCUGAAAAAGCACUACGUGAUCGAUUCAAAGAAUUUACAUCCAACAGUCAAUUAAUGCAAGAAUUUUUUAAUAUUCAUCAAGAAGAGAACCAAUCCGUUAUAUCAUUUUAUGAAAAUGUAAUUCGGAAAUAUAGAAAAUCUCGACAAUUUAUUACUGAACAACAAGUUAUCACAGUAUUACAAAAUGGUGUUAAAAAUUCAUUAAAAGAAUAUUUAAUUCGUAAUGAAAAAGAAAUUAAAAAACCAGAACAAUGGUUACAAGUUGCCAGAGAAGAAGAAUAUAUAAAAAAACGACUUCAACAAAAAGUUAAUACUUCAAAUUAUGAACCAAAAAAUCCACCGUUUUUUGAACGUGCAUUACCAACAGCAACAAUUCAACGAACAUUAACAAAUGCUCACUCAUUAAACCAACAACAAUAUACGCCACGUGAUUAUUAUAAAAAACAACAUCAACAUCAACAACAAUCAACAACAAUAAAUAAUCGAACAUAUUCAAAACAAAAUAAUCAUUCAACUCCUCAACAUAAUCGAAAAGAUUAUCCAGAAAACAAAACACAACAAUUAAAUCCAUCCAAUUGUUCAACAUUAAAUAUUAUUGGAGAGAUACCAUUAGAAAUCAAUAUUAAUGGAAUUAAAACAACAGUAAUUGCUGAUGUUACAACAAAUCUUGUUACGAAUUUAAUAUUAGGUAGUGAUUGGAUUCAAUCAAACAAUGUUUAUAUUCUUACACCUGAACAACAAAUUAUGAUCCGAAGUCGAGGUAAAGAAGUAUCAACUCCUUUUGUAAAACCACCUCUUUUAAAUUAUCCAGCUACUCUUAUUAAUCAUAUUACUCUUCCUCCUUUUUCAGAAAAAAUAGUAGAAGUACAAGUUCAACAUAACAAUAUGAUAGAUGUAUUAUUUGAACCAAAUCCUCGAUUAAAAAAUAAAGCAUUAUUUACUGCAACUGCAUUACUGAACAUUGAAAACAGAAGAAUAAAAAUUAGUAUAAUUAAUGCAACGAAUCGACAACAAACACUUUCCGAAGGAACCAAAUUAGGUAUAGUGACACAAUUAUCUUCUACAAUUGGUGUUACCAUACCAUCAAAUUAUUUCAUAGAACGCAUUCCGGAAGGAAAAGCGUGUAAAGAGCUCAUUCCUGAAGGGAAAGGAGCGAACAAAUCAAAUAAAUUAAAAUGUAACAACAUACCAACUAUAGCAUCACAUGGAAAACAACAUCAAUGUCGUAAAUGUUAUCAACAUUUUGAUACCAGCAAUGAAUUAUUCAAACAUCUUAGAAACCACUGUUAUCCUGAAGAAAUAAGACAACAAAUAAAUAAAUUAAUUGAACAUAUUAGUGAUGAUAAACAACGAGAACAAAUUUUAAAAAUUUUAUGGAAAUAUGGAAAAUUAUUUGACAUUAGUGAACCAUCAAAAAUUGAUAUAAUUUUAAAAAAUGCUAUUGAUACUGGUACACACCGUCCUGUUCAUACACCACCAUAUAGAAAAUCGAACAAAGACCAAGAAACCUUAAGAAAAGAAACAGAUAAACUAUUAAAAAAUGGAAUUAUUGAACAUUCAACAUCACCAUGGUCUUCACCUGUCGUUUUAGUAAAAAAGAAAGAUGGAACAACCAGAUUUUGCGUCGAUUAUCGUCGUUUGAAUCAAAUUACAACAAAAGAUGCUUUUCCUCUACCAAGAAUUGAUGAUAUUUACGACCAAUUAACAAAAGCAACAUAUUUUACAAAAUUUGAUUUUAAAGCUGGAUAUUUUCAAGUACCAUUAGACAAAUUAGAUCGACCAAAAACAGCAUUUUCAACUCGAGAUGGACAUUUUCAAUUUAAAGUAUUACCACAGGGUCUUACUAAUGGACCACCAACAUUUCAACGUAUUGUUAAUCAAAUAUUAGGUCCAAACAGAUGGAAACAUGUACUCGCCUAUAUCGAUGAUAUUAUUAUUUAUUCACAAAAUUUUAAUGAACAUUUAAAACAUAUCGAAGAAGUAUGUUUAUUAUUACAAGAAGCCAAUUUUAAAUUAAAUGUUGACAAAUGCGAAGUUGCAAGAGCAGAAAUAUUAUUUCUUGGACAUUUAAUUAAAGCAGGUACUAUUAAACCUGAUCCAGACAACAUCCGUGGUUUGACCGAAACACGUGAACCAACAUCAGCUGAAGAAGCAUUUAGAUUCGUCAAAGCAGCAGAAUAUUACCGAAAAUUUAUUCCAAAAUUUUCCACCAUCGCUGCACCAUUACAUAAAUAUUCUCCAGCAACAGUACAACAACAGAAGAAUAAUAAAAAAUUAAAAUUUGAAUUAUCUGCUGAAGCUAGAACAGCAUUCCACCAACUCAAGAAAAUAUUAACAACUGAUCUUAUUCUCGAUUUACCUGAUGAUACAUUAACAUUUAAAUUACAAACUGAUGCUUCUGUAGAUGGAAUCGGGGCUGUUCUAUUACAAAUGACCCCCAAUGGUGAUCGACCAUUAGCAUAUAUGUCAAAGAAAUUAACAAGAACACAAAUUAAUUGGCCAACAAUUGAACAAGAAUGUUAUGCAAUAGUACAAGCAAUAGAAAAAUGGGACAAAUAUCUUCGUGGACAUGAAUUUAUAUUAGAAACUGACCAUGAACCAUUAAUUCAUUUUGCAAACAAAGAACAAUUAAAUAAAAGAUGUGAACGAUGGCGAUUAAGAUUAGCUGAAUAUCGAUUUAAGGUGAAACAUAUUCAAGGCAAGAAAAACCAUAUGGCAGAUUAUCUUUCAAGAUCACCAGUCGAAGUAGCUGAAGAAGAUAUUGAAGAACGAACUCAAUAUGAAUCAAUAUCAACACAAACAGAUUUAUCAUUUUCAUCAUUAAAUGAUAAUUUGAUUCCAUUAAAAAUAACAACAGCAAUUACUAGAGCUCAAGCCAAAUUACAACAACAAGCAACGGCAACACCAUCUAUUAAACCGACGAAUGAAAAAAUUAAUGAGCUCAUCCCACAAGGGAAAGUAGCGACUGAUGAAGAAUUGAUAAUCAAACCAUCAGACGAAAAUCCAAACAAGAUCAUCCCAUUUGAUAUGAAUGAUUUAAGAAAAUGUCAAGAAGAAGACAAAACAAUUCAAGAAAUAAAAAAGAAUAUUAAGAAUAAAAAACAUUAUUUUAUUGAAGAUGAAAUAUUAUUUAAAAAACAACAACUACCACUUCCACCAGUACCAUACGUCCCAGCAGGACGAAUACGUGCUGAUAUAUUAAAAAUUUAUCAUGAUACACCUGCUAAUGGAGCUCAUUUUGGACGUGACAAAACAAUAAGAAAAAUUCAAGAACGUUAUUAUUGGCCAACAAUGAUAGCAGAUAUUAAAAAUCAUUUAAAUUCAUGUUUACCAUGUGCACAAAAUAAUUAUCGUCGUCAAAAAUUACCAGGAAAAUUAAAACCAAUACCACCACCCGAAGGAAUAUGGAAAUUAUUAAGUAUGGAUUUUCAUGGUCCAAUUACUCCAACAUCAAAAAAAGGAAACAGAUAUAUUAUAUCUCUUACAGACGUUUUAUCAAAAUUUGUUAUUGCAAAAGCUGUUCGAGAUUGUUCAGCAGCAACAGCAGCAAAAUUUCUUAUAAACGAUGUUAUAUUAAAAUAUGGCACUCCAACAUGUAUAUUAACCGAUAAUGGUACUCAUUUUACUUCUCAAGUUAUGAACAAAUUAUUUGAAAAUAUUGGAGUCACUCAUCUUUAUUCCACAGUAUAUCAUCCACAAACUAAUGGACAAAUUGAACGAUUUAAUGCUACGAUGGAUGGAAAAAUUGCCGCCUUAUGUAAUGAACGACGCACGGAUUGGGAUGAAGUAUUACAAUUUGUUACAUUUAAUUAUAAUACAUCAAUACAUGCGACAACAAAACAAACACCAUUCGAAAUGAUGCAUGGAAGACAAGUUACACUUCCAUUUGAUCAACAAAAAGAAAUUAUUUCGCUCACACAAGAUCCAGAGCACAGUCAAAAAAUUAGAAUAUAUCUCGAAAAAUUAGUAAAUGAAGCUCGAAACAAUAUUAUAAAAAAUCAACAACAAUAUAAAGCUCGAUAUGAUUUACAUAGACAAGAUUUAUCAUUAAAACUCAAUGAUCUAGUUUUGGUAAAAACAAGAAACAUUAGAAAUAAAUUUGAUAUACGAUAUGAAGGUCCAUUUAAAAUUAUUAAACAAUUAGGAAUUAAAACAUUUAUUGUCCAACAUGUUAAAAAAUUAACGUUAACAAAACAAGUGACAAUGGAUGUUAUCGUUCCAUUGGUGGAACGAUGGAAUUUAAUCCAAUAA